GUGGUGUGUUCACAAAAUUAUCGGAUCUAAACCAGGAGCACAAAACACAAAACAGCAGGAUGACGGACGUGAAGACUCAGCCCCCGAAUCUUGAGCAGGUGCAGGAAGUACCCAGUGCGUCGGUGUAUGACCCGCCCCCUUACCCCGCCGGAUCCAUCCCCAUGUACCCGCCGCCUCACCCAGCCGGACCCGUCGCCACGUAUCCCCCACCCUACCCCAGCGGACCUGACGCGGUGCAGGCACUCCCUCCCUACAUGCCCCCUCCCAACACUUAUGCACCUCCUGUUUACCCCCCUUACCCCCCAGUACAGGGUGGGGAGGCGUUUCCUCCUGCACAGGACGGCUUUGAGGAUGGCAAACCAGUGGAACAAGUAAUUGAGAGUCCGGAGAGUCCUCCUCUGUAUGUUGAAUCGGCAUUCGAGGAUAAAACUGUACGAAGAGCUUUUAUCAGAAAGGUGUUCAGCGUGGUCACCAUGCAGCUGCUGGUCACCUUCUCCGUGGUCAGUAUUUUCACUUUUUCGGAGACGGUGAAGAAGGCCGUGCAGUCGAACAUCUGGAUCUACCUCAGUUCCUACAUCAUCUUCAUGGUGGUGGCCCUGGCUUUGUCAUUCUCCUCCACCCUCUGCCGCAAACACCCGUGGAACAUGAUCUCCCUGUCGGUGGUAACGCUGAGUUUAUCAUACAUGGUUGGAACUGUUGCGUCGUUCCACAACACCACGGCUGUGAUCAUCGCUAUGGGAUCCACACUCAUCAUCUCCUUCACCAUCAUCAUCUUCUCUGCUCAGACCCGUGUGGAUUUCACCCUGUGUAACGGGAUUCUGCUGGUCCUGGCCAUGGACCUGAUCAUGUUCGGCUUCUUCAGCAUCUUUUAUUACUCCAGCAUCCUGCAGAUCAUCUACGGCUCUCUGGGAGCUCUGCUCUACGCUGUGUUCUUGGCGGUGGAUUGUCAGUUGGUGAUGGGUCGAGAGAAAUACGCCCUGAAUCCUGAGGAGUACGUCUUCGCCUCUUUAAUCAUCUACCUGGACAUCAUCAUGAUCUUCCUCUACAUCCUCAUGCUACUGGGCGGGAGCUCAAACAGCUAAAUUCUGACGCAGAGCAGCAGCAGCGUGGAACUUCUGUCCAAACGUACACAUAACUGACUGAACUUAUACAACUGGGUGUCCCACAAGGCUCGAUAUUAGGCCUGUUUUUGUUUUCUCUAACGCCAAUGUGAAUCAUGUCAAAUAUAAGUCUGAUGGACUGUACGGUGUAAUGCUAAGUACUGUAUCGCUAAGCUUUUCGCUAAUGUUAUUAGAAUUCGGUGACGUAGCUCAAGCCGCCGGAAGCCUUUUGAAAAGCAGCUUUAGCGCCACCAAGCGAUAAGCAGAAACGAUUUCUUUCUAUUACAUUUAUUGUAAAGCGAACCGUGAUCAAAGCUUCUCCUGUAAAUCGUCUCAUUUUCCGUCAUUUGCUUUAUUUAUUGUAAUAAAUGUUUUAAAAUUUAAAUAAAGAUGCAAAAGAAAUUAAAAUUUGGGAUAAAAAACAUAAA